AUGCCUCCUGAAAAUAACAUUCCUCAAGAUUUAAGCGACAAGACUAAAUCGAUCAGUACUAUUAAAGCACUAAGUUCUCAAUUGAAGAAUAAAAUUGAUAAUAGAAGCCAAAAGGAAGCCUCUAAGCAGACUGACGAGAUUUCGGCUAACAGUCUCUCUGACUCACAAGAAUAUAACUCAAUUGUAGAGACAUUUAACGAAUCUAACAAAAUCAUUAAACCAGAGACGGAUAUUUCAUAUCUUCGGAAGCAGACCCAUCGAUGAGUAGAUAACUUGCAAUCUAAAAGAAGGCUCAACUCAAGGAAAAUGGAGAGGUUGAUGGAGCAUACCAAGACAAAAUCUAAAUUUUAUAAGAAGUUUAAUCAGUCUCUUCCAGAUCUCGAACUUCCGAAGUACAGCAAAUCUUCAAAAAAAUUCAAGGAGAAUGAUUUUUCUUCUUCAAAUUUCAAGGUUGAGUCUACAUUUGACAACAGAGCCACAAAUGAGAGUAACGAAUCAAAAUUAGAGUCAGAGACUCAGAACCUUAUCUUACGCUUUUCUACAUUUGUAAAGGAUGAUUCGAAGCUGUCUAAGACUCAGCAUCACCAACAGUUUAAUAAUUACUUGAAAGAUCACCUAAAAUAUAAAAUUACAACUGAUUUCUACCUAAAUAAUAUGAAAGAUCGCAUUAAUAUUCUGGAAAACACUAUUAAGUUCAAGAAGGAUAAGUCUAAAUAAGCUACUCAAGAAGUUCGACAAGAAAGCCCUCCAGAUAGCCUCUACUAGACUGCGAGCAAAAAGUUUGGUGAUAGAAAAGUCAAGCCCAGGUUGAAACCCCAAAAGUUCGUACUACCAGAAGAUAAAUUCAAGGACAUAUUGUAAAAAGCCUAAAACUCACCGUAUGAGUCAAAGAAGUAAGAUCAACGACUCUUCUCAUAAGAUUCGUCCCACAAAGACUCCUCUCAUUCAGUUGAAGAAUAGCAAAUCUAAAAGUACAGUUCCGACCUCUAAAGCAUCUCCAACUCCUCGUCGAACGAUCAUGUUCUCAAGUUUCCAGAACUCAUCUAGUUGUCCGUACACUCUUCCUCAAAAUCCUUCUUAUUCAAAGCCUAGCAGCAGGCACAGAUAA